CGGGGCAUGUGAGCAUGAGUAGAUUAAGAAUUUCUCUUGAAUAGCGUGGGUGCCACGUUAACAGAGUCUGUGGAGCCCUCUUACGUGAGUACACACUACACACACCACCACAAUCGAUCGUUUUCAACAUACAAACGACCCCACUCUCUCACAGACUCACUCAGCCCUCGCCGCUCGCUCGCCGGCAUCAAGGAUGAACAAGAGACCUAGAGACACCACCGUCUACAAGCCCCUUCGCGAUCUCUCCAAUCGAGAACUCGGCGAGUUACCCGCCAGAAUUUUCCCCAACCGUCUCGCCGCCUCCGAGGAUCUUGUUCUUCGACUUGAUGUAUUCAGAAAACUGGACAAGCACAGAGGUUGUGUGAACACUGUAGGCUUCAAUGCAGAUGGUGAUAUUCUGGUUUCAGGUUCUGAUGACAGGAAAAUUAUUCUCUGGGAUUGGGAAACUGGUCGUACUAGGCUCUCUUUCCAUUCCGGUCAUAGUAACAAUGUUUUCCAGGCUAAGUUCAUGCCUCACUCUGAUGAUCGAACCAUUGUCACUUGUGCUGCUGAUGGCCAGGUGAGGCAAGCUCAAAUUCUUGAACAAGGACAUGUGGAAACUAAGUUAUUGGCCAAGCAUCUAGGACGGGCUCAUAAGUUGGCUAUCGAGCCUGGUAGCCCUCAUAUAUUUUACACCUGCGGUGAAGAUGGAUUAGUACAGCAUUUUGAUCUGAGAACCGGGACUGCAACUGAACUUUUUACUUGCAAGCCACUUGGGGAUAAAUGGAGUUACGUGCCAGUCAUCCUUCUUAAUACAAUUGCAAUUGAUCCAAGGAACCCAAAUCUCUUUGCGGUUGCUGGGUCUGAUGAAUAUACACGGCUUUUUGAUAUCCGCAAAUAUAAGUGGGAUGCAUCAACUGAUUUUGGUCAACCGGUUGACUACUUUUGCCCUCGACACUUGAUUGGCGAUGAGCAAGUAGGAAUAACAGGCCUGGCCUUUUCUGAACAAAGGGAGCUUCUUGUGUCCUAUAAUGACGAGUUUAUUUACCUUUUUACACAAGAUAUGGGUUUGGGAAUGGAUCCUAUUCCUGGGUCCCCUAUUUCUGUGAAUAGUGAUACAAGUGACAUGGGUGAUAGUUCUGAGCAUUCUCCACCAAACAUGGAUGCUAAUGACAAAGUCACCCCUCAAGUUUUUAAGGGACACAGGAAUUGUGAGACAGUUAAGGGUGUAAGUUUUUUUGGACCUAAUUGUGAGUAUGUGGUGAGUGGAUCAGACUGUGGUCGUAUUUUCACAUGGAAGAAGAAAGGUGGUCAGCUUAUUCGUGUCAUGGAAGCUGACAAGCACGUUGUGAACUGUAUUGAGUCUCAUCCUCAUUCAACGGUACUUGCAAGCAGUGGUAUUGAGCAUGACAUCAAGAUAUGGACUCCAAAGGCCCUCGAGAAAGCUAUUUUACCCAAAAAUAUUGAACAGGUUAUAUUUGAUGAAAUUCGUUGGUUUGAGAGUGAUGCCGAUGAUGAUAGUGACGAUGACAAUGACGACAAUGAUAUGUUUGAUGACGACGAUGAUAUGUUUGAUGAUAUGUUUGAUGAUGAAGAAUAUGAUGAUGAUGAUGAUGAUGAUGAUGAUGAUGAUGAUGAUGACGAUGAUGGUGGAGGUGGUGAUGAUGAUGUUGAUGAAGAUAAUGACGAUGAAGGUUGUGAGGAUGAUGAGGAAAUUGAUGAAUUUGAUGAAGGAGAAUAUGUCAAUGAUUGUAACGAUGAUGAGAACAAUGGUGUUGGUGAUGAUAAUAAUGAUGACAAUGGCAACAAUGAUAAUAUGUCUGGUGGUUUGUAAUGAUGCAAAUUGAUAAAAGUUUUCUGUGUCCGACAGAAAGCCAAGGCUCGGGACUGGAUGUACCAGGUAGCUUCUCCGGACGACCUGAUGAUGCAACUGUUUUCACUUCCAAGGCGAAGGGUUAUGACGGAAAACAGUGAAGAGCAGUCAACUGCAGAUCGAGAAUUUUUAGAGU